AUGACGAUAGAACCACCCGCCAUCCCCAUAACAAUCCUAACCGGCUUCCUCGGCUCCGGCAAAACCACUCUACUUCUCAACCUUCUCCCCCAACUGCCCCCGACCUACAAGCUAGCCUUACUCAAGAACGAAUUCGGCGACGUCGCAAUUGACUCCCAACUCGCCUCUGAGCAAUCCAUCUCCGGCGUCCGAGAAUUAUUGAAUGGAUGCAUCUGCUGCAAUCUCGUCGGCCAACUGGGCGACGCCUUGACUCAGUUAAGGACGGAAAUCAAACCGGACAGAAUCGUGAUUGAGACCAGCGGAAGCGCGUUCCCCGCUACGUUGGCGAUGGAGGUUAAUCGGCUUGCUACCGAGAACCCCUCCACAAAGGGGCAGUUUGUCUUGGACGGGGUGAUUAGUGUGAUUGACGUGGAGAAUUGGCAGGGAUAUGAAGACACGAGUUAUACAGCCAAAAUGCAGGCGCGAUACACGGAUUUGAUUGUCUUUAAUAAGUGGGAGCUUGUGGAUGAGAGACGGUUUGAUAUUUGUCUCGAUAGGCUGGGAGAUUUGGAGCUUGAGGCGCCUACCCCCUGGGUCAAGUCUGAUAGGGGCAGGGUUGAUAAGGAUGUGUUGUUGGGCAUUGAUGGGGCGUUGAUUGCUAAGCAAGGGUUGGAAAGUGAGCAUCAUGAUCAUGAGCAUGGCCACGACCAUGAAGAGCAUAAGCAUGAUCAUCAGUCGGAGGUGGAGGUCCUGUCCUUGACAUUGUCGUCCUCGCAAGAGAAUCAAGUUCUGGAUCUCACCAAAUUCAUAAACCUCCUCAAAUCAUCCCCCAAGGAAGAAGCAUAUCGCAUCAAAGGGACGAUCCGAUGCUCCUCUUCUCAGAUUCCUGAAAACUCUGACCCGACGUUCCUCACUUCCUCAACUACCACUCCUUCUUCAGAUUCUGGGACCACUACGUAUAUCCUGAAUUGGGCGUUUGGAAGGUGGACGUUUACGCCUACUUCUACGCCUACGAAGGAUGUGGCCAGGUUGACGUUCAUACUGGCGCGGUAUGAGUCUGCAAAGUGGAAGAAGAAGCUUGAAACUGGAGACUACGUUAAUGUCGAGGGUUCGAAAGAUAGUGAGAUCAAGGUAGAGAAGAUAGUAUAG